CCAACAUACAAUCGGCAUUACCAAACGUCGCCGGCCGCCAUGAACAAACCACGUGAGUUGCUUCAAGAAGUCCUCCCUAAGGCAGGCCUCGUGUACUCGGAGCGCGGCAACCUUAGCGAAGUGCUCUGCAAACCGAAAUUGAUGCCGAUCAAGUCGUUGACGUUGGUGCAAAUCGAAGAAAUCGAAAAGCAGGCGCGAAAGAAGGAGUCGACGCCCCCAUCUUAUCAAGACUGAACUAACACCAUGCAAGCAUGCAUGCUUCAUGGCCCAAUUGAUCUGUGAAUCCAAGCUAGAAUGUAUUUCAAGGGUUCGGCUGUUCGCGGAUUACUGUAAAGCGAACAGCGUGAAGGGAUCUCCCUCCCGAUCGAAUAUUACUGCAAUGCGCG